AUGGAUUCGAGGGAGAACAAGAGUAAUCGCCAGCUGCAAACCGGUCCUUGCUAUUCGACCUCGGGGAGGAGAUCAGCAGUCUCGCCAUCUGUCAUCGUCAUAGGUGCUGGAUUUGCUGGCAUUACUGCUGCUCGAGCACUUCACGAUGCCUCAUUUCAGGUUACUGUGUUGGAAUCACGAGAUAGAAUUGGUGGCCGAGUGCAUACUGAUUAUUCGUUUGGUUUCCCGGUUGACUUGGGUGCUUCAUGGUUGCAUGGUGUUUCCAAGGAGAAUCCAUUAGCUACAGUUAUUGGACGGCUGGGACUACCACUUUAUCGCACUAGUGGGGACAAUUCAGUUUUAUAUGAUCAUGAUCUAGAAAGUUAUGCCCUUUAUGAUGUGGAUGGAAAACAAGUUCCACAAGGUCUAGUCUCAAAGGUUGGGGAAACAUUUGAGACCAUUUUGAAAGAGACGGAUCUUGUAAGACAGGAAUUCAGUGAAGACAUGUCUAUACAGCGGGCAAUCUCAAUUGUCUUUGAGAGGAGACCAGAUUUAAGGUUGGAGGGGCUUGAACAUAAGGUGUUGCAAUGGUACCUAUGCAGAAUGGAAGGCUGGUUUUCUGCAGAUGCUGAUACCAUAUCUCUUAAAAGCUGGGACCAGGAAGAGCUGCUUCCUGGCGGGCAUGGGCUCAUGGUACGUGGAUAUCUUCCUGUAAUCAAUACACUUGCAAAAGGGCUCGAUAUCCGCCUCGGCCACAGUGUGACAAAAAUAGAUCGACACCAUAAUGGAGUAAAAGUAACUGUAGAAAACGGGGGCACAUUUAUUGCAGAUGCUGCUGUUAUUGCUAUUCCUCUCGGUGUCUUGAAAUCAAAUCGAGUCAAAUUUGAGCCGAGGUUACCCGACUGGAAGGAAGAGGCUAUUGAGGGGAUUGGGGUUGGGAUCGAGAAUAAGAUUAUCCUGCACUUUGGUAAUGUGUUUUGGCCGAAUGUUGAGUUCUUGGGGGUAGUUGCUGAGACUUCUUACAGCUGCAGUUAUUUCCUUAAUCUCCACAAGGCAACCGGCCAUCCGGUCCUCGUUUAUAUGCCAGCUGGAAAAUUGGCCCGUGACAUUGAAAAAAUGUCGGAUGAAGCUGCUGCGAACUUUGCUUUUACGCAACUUAAAAAGAUCUUGCCAAAUGCUUCUGAGCCGAUUCAGCAUUUAGUCUCUCACUGGGGCACGGACAAGAACUCGUUGGGCUCUUACAGUUACGACACGGUUGGCAAAUCUCACGAUCUGUACGAAAGGCUGAGGAUCCCUGUCGAUAACUUAUUUUUUGCUGGCGAGGCCACGAGUUUUGAUUACCCGGGCUCGGUCCACGGAGCAUACUCCACGGGCCUCAUGGCUGCCGAGGACUGCAGAAUGCGUGUAUUGGAACGUUAUGGUGAGUUGGACCUUUUCCAGCCCGUUAUGGGCGAGGAGGUCCCGGUAUCUGUCCCGCUUUUAAUCUCCCGUAUGUAA